AGCGUCAGAGGAGGAGGAGGAACAGGAGCUGCUGGAUCCGCCUGCCAGUCCAGAUUCAGGGUUUAUUUCUCCUCGCCGCGUCCAGCUGGUUCUGAUCCGGUUCUCCCGGGACCAUCUCAGUCUGUCCGGCGGCUCCAGCUGCCGCGGUUCGGACAGCCGGGUCGGGUUCCUCCGGGUCAGAGGGGAGAUGAGAAUCAUUUAUUAGCUGCAGCGUCAGGAAGGAGCUUUAGGAAGUUUGGUUAGGAAACCCUGAUCCCGUCCGCAGAGACGAACCGAACCGAACCGAACCUCCAGGAUGCUGUCAGGGAAUCCCGGGACUUAAUUCCUGAUCCACGGAUCCGGAUCUUCUGUGAGGAACGAGAUUAUUUCAGUUUUUGUUCUGGAAUCAGGAGGAAGUUUGAUCUGCAUCUCCUGAACUCUGAGGAGAAAAUCUGGAGUUUCCGUCCAGAUCCAACAGAACCGUAAAGAGUUCGGUUUCCUGACUUGAUUGGAUCAUUUAGGAGUAAAAAGGAAAACAUCAGAUUUACCUGCCAGGUACUGAAGAUCAAACCUGCAGCUGUCGGGUUUCCAUCCCGUCUUCAACAGAACCAGUUUGGACCAUUUAGGAACCAGACGAAGUUCUGCUGGUUUCAUUUUCCUGUUCGGCGUUAAAUCGGAUCGUCUGGAAGGAAACUGAAGGUUUCCUGCUGUUUCCUGACCCAGUUUAAGGUUCGGAUUCUUCAGCAGCUUCAGAAAAAACUGAGGAGUUUGAUUCACUUUGGAGGAAAUGAACCUGCUGCAAACUUUAAAGAUCCUCCCUCUGAAGAAAAGAUCCAGGAUUUUCUCCGUUUCCUUCUUUUUGUCUUUAGUGUCGUUUUUAUUGUGGAAAGUUUUUUAACUUCACAUGAACUGUGACGAAGGGUAGGGUACCCAAACCAGAAGAAUCUGGAAAUGAAACCGAUUCAUUUCUGCAGGAAAAACUUCAGCUUCCUGCUGGACGAUGGACAGGUCAGCCAGUUUCCACCAAACAGGGUUUUCUCCGUUUUCUCCGUUUUCUCAAGUUUCAAAGCAAAGUUUUACAAUAAAACUGAAAUAUUUUAUUCAAAUUAAAAGCAGAAGAAACAAAAACAAACAAGAAUUUCUGGACAUGGAGGAUUUUCUUCACUUUGGCAACAAAAACAUCAUGAAAACCAGAUGAAAAAUGGAGAAUUAAAAUCCAACGAUACGCAGAUGACAACGUUAUUUAUAUCAAAGCUCAGAAAACUUAAUCUGAGUUUGUUAAUCUGAGCUCAUCCAGUUUAUUAAGGGAUUAUAAUUUCCUCUGAAGUUGGACGAGAGUUUGGUUUGUUUCCUCUGGUUGCCAUGGUGCCUGGAGCGCCGGGCGGCGGUGCAGGCAGCGGCGGGCGCGGCGGCGGCGGACGCUGCCUGCUGCGCUGGUUGGGCCUGCGGCUCUGGUCCCGCCGGGGAACGCUGCUCUUCGCUCUGCUCUGGUUCGGAUCCUGGCUCUUCCUCAACGGCCUGGUUCUGGUCCACCGGACCAUCCUGUCUGACUUCUGCACCGACGACAAGAGCAAGAGGAUCCUGCAGCGUCUGUGUCUGGACUUCAGCCGCGGCUCGCUGAGCGGAGAUCUGUGUGAGGAUCUGUGUGUCGGCGGCCUGGUGGAGUAUCAGCGCUGCCUUUACUACGAGAACGGAAAGAAGGUGAUGGAGGCGCGAUGGAGGGGAAACCGGGUCAUCCUCAAGUCCAAACUGGAGAACUUCUCCUCCUACGAGCCGCUGGGCCUCCUGGACUACCAGGAAGCAGGAGAGGAGCUGUCGGCGCUGGACGUGGUUCUUUACGCCACUCUGGAGGUGAGAAACUCUCUGGGUCUGGCUGAGGAGGAGGAGGAGGAGGAAGAGGAGGGAGGAGGAAGGAACGGCUCCAGCCUGUGGAGGCAGAAACUGAAGCUGAGAGAGAAAAGUUACUCCAGAGCCGAUCUGGGCUCACUGUGGGCCCUGCUGCAGCAGGAGGAGUACACCUUCCUCAGAGUUCUGCAGGACCUCAGCCCCCAUGUGGCCCAGGUUCUGGGCUCCUGCGGCCAUUUCUACGCCGUGGAGUUCCUGUCGGCCGGACACGCCUGGGACCAGAACCUGUUCUCCAUGGACGAGGUGCCGGGUCACGCCGGAGGUUCUGGUCGGUGGAGCUCCAGGCUGGUGGUGCAUCGGAUCGCGCUGAGCUUCAUGGACAUGGUCCGGCACUUCGACGACGACUUCACUCACAAACUGCAUCUGUGUGACGUCAAACCGGAGAACUUUGCAGUCCGGAAGGAUCUGACGGUGGUGGCCAUCGACGUGGACAUGGCGUUCUUCGAGCCCAAGAUGAGGGACAUCCUGGAGCAGAACUGCAGCAGCGACGACGACUGUAACUUCUUCGACUGCUGGUCCAGGUGUGAGGCGCAGCGGCGGCGCUGCAGCCCGCGGCGCCGCAACACCAACCUGCAGGUGAUUUGUGAGAAAAUCUUCAGGCCUUGGUUUUCUCCCACCGUUCUGGGGGCCAAAGCAGGGCUCCCCCUGCAGGUGGAGCUGCAGCGAGCCGUGCAGGACUGCUCCGAGACCGACGGCGGCGCCGGCGACGAGGGCGGAGCCCGCAGGGUCCAUCAGCGCCUCCUGGCCGUCCUCAGAGCCCUGCUGCAGGAGGAAGUGGCUCCUGAGGACAGGAAGUGGACAAAAGACGAAGCGGAGCACGUCCACACGGCGCUGAACUUCUGAGAGGAACCAAACAAAACAUCCUUCAUGAUGAUCGGACUGUUCUGAAGACAACUGUUCCAGAACCUCAUCAGAACCUCAUCAGAACCUCGUCAUCACAUCAGAACCUCAUCAGAACCUCGUCAUGACAUCAGAACCUCAUCAGAACCUCGUCAUCACAUCAGAACCUCAUCAGGACACCAACCGGUCAGAUCUGAUCCAGAAAGUCUGGAUAAACGUUCCAAUCUAAAUGUUCUGAAGUUCUGGUCGUUUUCACCAACAUGGAGGAACUUUAGUUUGAUCUGCAGAGAAAAUCCCAGAUAUUUACAAAAUAAUAUUAAUAAUGUUUACAAAAUAAUCCCAGAUAUUUUACAAACUGUUUCAAAAUCAGAUGUUGGUGGUUUGGAAACAAAUGUA